AACACACACACACACACGUCCCAGCUGUCAGCCCAGAGUCCACAACCGGCCCGCAGCUCUCAGAGAGACACACCACACCAUCCACGGCCUACUUCAGGGAUGGACUAUGAGCCCACUAAGAAAGCCAAGAAGGUAAGUUCUGUUCAGUUCUGUCGUGUUCGGGCCCAGUAGGUGAAAGGUUUCCUCAGGCAGAGAGUUCUGCUACAGAGGUAGAGUGGCACAGCCAAGAUGGCCGUCCUUCUAUUGUUUAGGCCUUUGGCAGUGCGGUUUGCAUUGUUUACUGUGUGUGUGUGUGUGUGUGUGUGUAUGUGUGUAUAUGUGUGUGUGUGUGUGUAUAUGUGUGCGUGUGUUUUAUUUGUGGGUGGCCGGGGGUUAUUACAUUGUACUGUAACAGUGUCCACCAUACUUCAAAUUGCUGUGUGCGGCCGUAGGCUUCAACAGCUCUGAAAACGGUGUGCAUUUUCUGGUUCAACUGAUAAAUUUAGCUUGAAAGUGGAAUCCGCAGUAGGGGCAACAGCGCCACUCUCCGCCCCUCCGCCAUUGUUAUUGGUUUUCUUUGAUGAGGCGGCGGUGUGGAGCUCUGGUGGCUGGUGGAUCAUCAUUUAGAAGGUAGAGCAAGGAGGCAUUGGAAAUCUCUGACUUUAUAAGCUCAUGGCUUUAUAGAAAGCCUACAAUAUAAAUCACAGUAUGCCUGUGGUACAAUGAAAAGGCUAGAGAGGUAGCCACAGAUACACUGCACAUACACACACACACACACACACACACACACACACACACACACACACACACACACACACACACACAAACAAACACACACGCACCAUGGUUGCUGGGGCAUUGAUCAGUGUGUUAAGCUGCGCUGGUUAAACCAGUGGGUCUCUAAUAGGGUGUGUCAUAUCGUCUGUCUCCGUCUGAGUGAGCUGUCAGUCCCAAUACACAUGCAGACACACACUAUUCUGUCACUCCGUCCGAGUGAGCUGUCAGUUCCCGUCUCAAGCUCUGUCUCUCUCUCUCUCUGAGUGCUACUGUCAGCACAGAGGAUGGAUAUUAGCCACUUAACAUUUACACUUGGUCUCUCACCGUAGGGGGGGGGGCAUCCACCCUCCACCUCUCAGCCGGUCUUACAUUCAAAACCUGCGAUGCAGUGGUCUGCAGUGGUCUAAGGCACUGCAUCGCAGUGCUAACUGUGCCACUAGAGAUCCUGGUUCGAAUCCAGGCUCUGUCGCAGCCGGCCGCGACCGGGAGAAUCAUGGGCGGCGCACAAUUGGCCCAGCGUCGUCCAGGGGAGGGAAUGGCCGGCAGGGAUGUAGCUCAGUUGAUAGAGCAUGGUGUUUGCAACGCCAGGGUUGUGGGUUCGAUUCCCACGGGGGGGCAGUAUGAAAAAUAAAUAAAAAAUGUAUUCACUAACUGUAAGUCGCUCUGGAUAAGAGCGUCUGCUAAAUGACGUAAAUGUAAUGUAAAUGUGCAUUCAUUUUGUUUGUAGACAUCUUUCACCACACAACCAUUGAUCCAAAAUAUACGUUUACUGUGAAAAUACUAUGAGUACAUUGGUUUAAUUACCAAAACACAACAUCAUGAUAUCUUCUCAAUUUAAUUAUUUUAACAACCAGUUAAUCCAAUAGCAAAAAAUUUAAGAUACAGUACAUGUUUCAAAAUUACCCUUUGAAUGUAGUUUGCUACAGUACCUUAAGUUACAGAACAUUAUUAUGAUAAAUAUAUUUGAAACUUGUAUCUCAAUAUGGUAUAUGGUGAAAUAAGUAUAGCCAGUUAUAAUUAGUAUUUUCCCAGUUUACCUAUUUGCUUAUGGUCUUGUCUACGCCUAGCAAACAGUUUUUUAAAUUAUAUGAGAAAGAAAUAUUCAAUUUGAUUUGGAACGACAAGUCAGACAAAAUGAAACAGGCCUAUAUAUAUAAUGAAUAUGAAUUUGGAGGACAGAAAUUAUUGAAUAUUAAAGCAUUAGACCUAUCACAAAAGUUAUACUUAAAUCCAACUGGUUCUCUAGAAAAUUAGUAAGAUUGUCUCACCCCAUGUUCAAGAAUGGCCUUUUUCCCUUUACUCAGAUUACAACCACUCACUUUCAGUUACUUGAAAAGGAAAUAAUGUCCCAAAUGUCACUAUUUCUAAAACAAGCCAUAGAAAGUUAGUUGCAAUUUCAAUUUAAUCCUCCAGAAACGACAGAACAAAUAAUGCAACAAAUAUUGUGGUUAAAUUCAAAUAUACUAAUUGACAAAAAACCUUUAUUUUUUGACAGAAUGUUUAAAAAAGGUAUAAUCUUCGUAAAAGAUAUCAUCGGUAGGACUGGUGGAGUUAUGUCGCACAUGCAGCUGACAAAAACAUAUGGAAAUGUCUGCUCUACCCAAAAUUACAACCAAAUAAUUGCAGCCUUACCGCAAAAGUGGAAGAGGAAAGUGGAAGGGGGAGAAAGUAAGGAACUUGUCUGUCGGCCUUGCAUUAAAGAACAUAAUUGGUUAAGGAAAACUGUGAUAAAUAAAAAAGUAUAUCAGUUUCACUUAAGGACCAAAGGAUUGACAGCCGUCCCAUAUAGAUUGCAAAAUAGUUGGGAAGAAGAGAUCUUUGAACUGACACGCAAAACGACACCGGAUUCAAAAAUUAGAAUCUUUCAAUUUAAAUUAUUAUAUAAAAUUCUUGCUACCAAUAAAAUGUUAUUUAUAUGGGGGAUACAAUCUUCCCAGCUCUGCAGAUUUUGCUGUGAAGAGACAGAAUCAUUAGAUCAUUUGUUUUGGUUCUGUCCAUUUGUAGCUUGUUUUUGGACAUGGGUCCAGGAAUGGCUAAAGGAUUGCAAUAUUUACCUGAAGCUAACCUUGCAGAUAGCAUUACUGGGUAAUCUGAAAAGUCAUAGUCAAUCGAUCAAUAAUAUAAUAAUACUUUUAGCAAAAAUGUUUAUUUUCAAGUUCCAAUCUGUAGAAACAAUGAGAAUAGAAAGGUUCAGAACUUUUGUAAAACAUCACAGUACGGUUGAAAUAUAUAUGGCAAAUAGAAAUCCUAUAUGGAUGGUGUUAAGAGAUAGAUGGGUGGUGUUGAAUGGAGUUGAAGGAUGGGACUAAUAACAAAUAACAACAAAUAAUAACAAAGAUAACUAAUAAUGUCGGCAUACUGUGUCCAUAAUAAGUAUAUAGGUUGUAUGUUGGGAGCUUUUGGGAAAGAGCACAGUUAGAAAGAUAUGGCAUAUAGAAGCAAACCGGAUGGACAUCAUGAAAAUGAUCGGAGAGGUUGAGAGUAGAAGAAGUUCAGGAGCAAUAAAAAAAAAAAAUAAAAGAAAAUAUAUAUAUAUAUAUAUAUAUAUAUAUAUAUAUAUAUAUAUAUAAUAGAAUUAUUGUAAAAUGAACUGUGUCCAUAAGGUGUAGAUAGUAAUUAUAGACCGGAAGUAGAGGCCUGGGCGUUGUUGUUCACUAAUUUACUCGAAGUAGGGAAAGGAUGGUGGGGUUGAAAAGUAAUAAAGGGGAGUAUAUAUAUAAAAAUAAAAAUAAAACAUGGGGGAUUGGAAGUGAUGCAGACAAUUACAUUGAUAGAAGAUACAAUCUAUCUGCAAUAUUAAGCUGAUCCAUUCCCCCACAAAAAAAAAAUAUAUAUAUAUAUAUAUUGUCUCACCCCAUGUUCAAGAAUGGCCCUUUUUCCUUUACUCAGAUUACAACCUCUCACUUUCAGUUAUUUGAAAAAUAAAUCAUCUCCCAAAUAUCAUUAUUUCUAAAACAAGCCAUAGAAAGUUGGUUGCAAUUUCAAUUUAAUCCUCCAGAAACGACAGAACAAAUAAUGCAAAAAAUAUUGCGGUUAAACUCAAAUAUACUAAUUGAUUAAAAAAAACAUUAUCUUUUGAAAAAAUGUUUAAAAAAGGUAUAAUCUUCGUAAAUGAUAUAAUCGGUAGGACUGGUGGAGUUAUGUCGCACAUGCAACUAACAGAAACAUAUGGAAUUGUCUGCUCUACCCAAAAUUACAACCAAAUAAUUGCAGCCUUACCGCAAAAAUGGAAGAGGAAAGUGGAAGGGGGAAAAAGUAAGGAACUUGUCUGUCGGCCUUGCAUUAAAGAACAUAAUUGGUUAAAGAAAAUUGUGAUAAAUAAAAAAGUAUACCAGUUUCAUUUAAAGACCAAAAGAUUGACAGCCGUCCCAUAUAGAUUGCAAAAUAGUUGGGAAGAGAUUUUUGAUGUACCGAUUCCAUGGCAUAGUGUUUAUGAACUGAUAUGCAAAACGACGCCGUAUUCAAAACAUAGAAUUGUUCAAUUUAAAUUAUUAUACAAAAUUCUUGCUACCAAUAGAAUGUUAUUUAUAUGGGGGAUACAAUCUUCCCAGCUCUGCAGAUUUUGCUGUGAAGAGAAAGAAUCAUUAGAUGUGUUGGCCUACAUUACGGUAUUACAGUACUGUAUUGGCCAAUAUUACGGUAUUACAGUACUGUAUUGGCCUAUAUUACGGUAUUACAGUACUGUAUUGGCCAAUAUUACGGUAUUACAGUACUGUAUUGGCCUAUAUUACGGUAUUACAGUACUGUAUUGGCCUAUAUUAUGGUAUUACAGUACUGUAUUGGCCUAUAUUACAGUAUUACAGUACCGUAUUGGCCUAUAUUACAGUAUUACAGUACUGUAUUGGCCAAUAUUACGGUAUUACAGUACUGUAUUGGCCUAUAUUACGGUAUUACAGUACUGUAUUGGCCUAUAUUACGGUAUUACAGUACUGUAUUGGCCUAUAUUACGGUAUUACAGUACUGUAUUGGCCUAUAUUACGGUAUUACAGUACUGUAUUGGCCUAUAUUACGGUAUUACAGUACUGUAUUUUCCUAUAUUACGGUAUUACAGUACUGUAUUGUCCUAUAUUACGGUAUUACAGUACUGUAUUGGCCUAUAUUACGGUAUUACAGUACUGUAUUGGCCUAUAUUACAGUAUUACAGUACUGUAAUUGGCCUAUAUUACGGUAUUACAGUACUGUAAUUGGCCUAUAUUACGGUAUUACAGUACUGUAUUGUCCUAUAUUACGGUAUUACAGUACUGUAUUGGCCUAUAUUACGGUAUUACAGUACUGUAUUGUCCUAUAUUACGGUAUUACAGUACUGUAUUGGCCAAUAUUACGGUAUUACAGUACUGUAUUGGCCUAUAUUACGGUAUUACAUUACUGUAUUGUCCUAUAUUACGGUAUUACAGUACUGUAUUGGCCUAUAUUACAGUAUUACAGUACUGUAUUGGCCUAUAUUACAGUAUUACAGUACUGUAUUGGCCUAUAUUACAGUAUUACAGUACUGUAUUGGCCUAUAUUACAGUAUUACAGUACUGUAUUGGCCUAUAUUACAGUAUUACAGUACUGUAUUGGCCUAUAUUACGGUAUUACAGUACUGUAUUGGCCAAUAUUACGGUAUUACAGUACUGUAUUGGCCAAUAUUACGGUAUUACAGUACUGUAUUGAUCUACACUCCACUCCACUGGCUUCCAGUUGAGGCUCGCAUCUACUACAAGACCAUGGUGCUUGCCUACGGAGCUGUGAGGGGAACGGCACCGCCUUACCUCCCUACCUCUACGGAAGCACAUUGGCACCCCAAUGGUGGAACAAGCUCCCUCACGACGCCAGGACAGCGGAGUCACUGACCACCUUCCGGAGACACUUGAAACCCUACCUCUUUAAGGAAUACCUGGGAUAGGAUCAAGUAAUCCUUCUACCCCCCCCCCCCCCCCCCCCCCCCCCCCCCACCCCCCCAUUAAAAAAAAGAAGAAAAAAAGUGGUUGUCCCACUUGCUACCAUAAGUUGAAUGCACCAAUUUGUAAGUCGCUCUGGAUAAGAGUGUCUGCUAAAUGAUGUAAAUGUAAAUGUAAAUGUAUAUUACGGUAUUACAGUACUGUAUUGACCUGUAUAGGGCUUCCGAGUGGCGCAACGGUCUAAGGCACUGCAUCUCAGUGCUUGAGGCGUCACUACAGACCCCCUGGUUCGAUUCCAGGCUGUUUCACAACCGGCCGUGAUUGGGAGUCCCAUAGGGCGGCGCACAAUUGGCCCAGCGUCGUCCGGGUUUGGCCGGUGUAGGCCGUCAUUGUAAAUAAGAAUUUGUUCUUAACUGACUUGCCUAGUUAAAUAAAGAUUAAAUAUAUUACGGUAUUACAUGACUGUAUUGAUCUAUAUUACAGUAUUACAGUACUGUAUUGACCAAUGCAAUUUUAGUAAAAAGAUCCAAGCAACUUCAUUUUGGAUAAAUGUUUUUUAAAUCUGAUUCUACUGCUUGCAUCAGUUACCUGAUGUGGAAUAGAGUUCCAUGUAGUCAUGGCUCUAUGUAGUACUGUGUGCCUCCCAUAGUCUGUUCUGGACUUGGGGACUGUGAAGAGACCUCUGGUGGCAUGUCUUGUGGGGUAUGCAUGGGUGUGCCAGUAUUCCAAACAGACAGCUCGGUACAUUCAGCUUGUCGACACCUCUUACAAAAACAAGCAGUGAUGAAGUCAAUCUCUCUUCCACUCUAAGCCAGGAGAGACCGACAUGCAUGUAAUUUAUGUUAGCUCUCCAUGUACUUUUAAGGGCCAGCCGUGCUGCCCUGUUCUGAGCCAACUGCAUUUUUCCCAAGUCCCUCCUUGUGGCACCUGACCACACUACUGAACAGUAGUCCAGGUGCGACAAAACUAGGGCCUGUAGGACCUGCCUUGUUGAUAGUGCUGUUAAGAAUGCAGAGCAGCGCUUUAUUAUGGACAGACUUCACCCCAUUUUAGUUACUGUUGUAUCGAUAUGUUUUGACCAUGACAGUUUACAAUCCAGGGUUACUCCAAGCAGUUUAGUCACCUCAACUUGCUCAAUUUCCACAUUAUUCAUUAUGAGAUGUAGUUGAGGUUUAGUGAAUGAUUUGACCCAAAUACAAUGCUUUUAGUUUUGGAAAUAUUUAGGACUAACUUAUUCCUUGCCACCUAUUCCGAAACUAACUGCAACUCUUUGUUAAGUGUUGCAGUCAUUUCAGUCGCUGUAGUAGCUGACGUGUAUAGUGUUGAGUCAUCCGCAUACAUAGACACACUGGCUUUACUCAAAUUCCUGAUUCUACCUGGAUUAAAUUUGAGAGGCUUCCAUUAAAGAACACCCUCUGUGUUCUGUUAGACAGGGAACUCUUUAUCCACAUUAUAGCAGGGGGUGUAAAGCCAUAACACAUACGUUUUUUUCAGCAGCAGACUAUGAUCGAUAAUGUCAAAUGUCGCACUGAAGUCUAAAACAAAACAGCCCCCACAAUCUUUUUAUCAUAAAUUUCUCUCAGCCAAUCAUCAGUCAUUUGUGUAAGUGCUGUGCUUGUUGAAUGUCCUUCUCCAUAAGCAUGCUGAAAGUUUGUUGUCAAUUUGUUUACAGUAAAAUAGCAUUUUAUCUGGUCAUCAUCAUAGUGGUACAUUAUAACAUACAUUUUAUGUCUCUACUUUACAGACAUUCAUUUUCAUUAUGACGUUUUCAAAAUCUGUAGUAGACAAACCAGUUUACAUGUUAAAUCUCUAGGUUUACCAAAUCUUUAAGUGAUCAUCAAUUAAGAGCAGUUGGAUUAAGUAAUAGUAAAUGUAUUUUAACAAAUGAGACGACAAUCAUAUCACAUCAAAAGUAAUGUGAGCAUUGCACUGUGAAAGUUACUUUAUAUGAACGUGUAUUGCAAUUUGAAACUAUGAUUUUGUGUGUUGUACUUAGCCAAUUGAAAAUGUGCUUAGAGUUUUGAAACAACUGCCUUUUUUUGAUGAUCUGUUUUGAGUUUUGUACGAAGAGUUGUGAAAAUGGCACCAAAGUGAUUAAGGAAACUAUUACAGAGAAUGAGGGAAGAGGCAGAGAGAAUGGCCAUUAGGAGUCAAUUACUCAGCCUUGACUUGCUGUUGAAUUCACACAAAAUGGCUGGUGUUUUAAGACUUCAGAAAAUAUGUACCAGUGUAGCUUCAGAAAUGUUUUUAUGAUUUUCAUAUUAAAUCUGUUGCAUCAAUCCGCAUCGAUCAGAGAGAGUAUGCAGCUAUGACAUUUUCAGACGUCUCAGGUCUUGUGCCACCCAUCAAGCGCCUGGUCACGCAGACAGACAGGUAGUGUGUGCCGUCGACCUGUCCACACCAUACCAUACUACCCCAGUAUGAAAGAAAAUUACUCUCUCUCUCUCUCUCUCUCUCUCUCUCUCUCUCUCUCUCUCUCUCUCUCUCUCUCUCUCUCUCUCUCUCUCUCCUUCCUCAGGGCUUUGUAUCACCCAUCAAGCUCCUGGUCUUCUCUAAGUCAGGGCGCAGACAGACAGACAGGAGCAGUGUGUACCGUAGACCACUUCACACCGUACCCCUCUACCCUCCAGACUUCCUCAUCCACCCUGAGAGACUCAUCUACGACUAUGUAGAGAAGGAGGUCAAGGUGAGACAUCAACCAAUCAAUCAGUAGUAGUAUCAAAGGUGAGGAGGACACAUCAGCUACACAUAUGGAUAAUAGACUUGCAAAUACAGACAUAGGCUAUGUCUCAAACGCAAGUGUGGAUAUUACUAGAAUGUGUUACUAGAGAAGAUGUCUUGUGUUUGGGACACAACCAUACAUACCAUUGCACUUCCUCCUCCUCAGUUCCUGGGUCACCUUCUAUGCUCGCUUUGAGGCAAGCAACACUGAACAAUGCGCGAGAGCACCAGCUGUUCCUGAGGACUGUGUGAUCACGCUCUCAGUAGCUGAUGUGAGUAAGACCUUUAAACAGGUUAACAUUCACAAGGCAGCAGGGCCAGACGGAUUACCAGGACACGUACUCAGAGCGUGCGCUGACCAGCUGGCAAGUGUCUUCACUGACAUUUUCAACCUCUCCCUGACCCUGUCUGUAAUACCUACAUGUUUCAAGCAGACCACCAUGGUCUCUGUGCCCAAGAACACCAAGGUAACCUGUCUAAAUGACUACCGACCCAUAGCACUCACAUCUGUAGCCAUGAAAUGCUUUUAAAGGCUGGUCAUGGCUGACAUCAACACCAUCAUCCCAGACACCCUGCACCCACUCCAAUUAGCAUACUGCCCCAACUCAUCCACAGAUGACAUUUUAGUCAUUUAGCAGAUGCUCUUAUCCAGAGCGACUUACAGUUAGUGAGUGCAUAAAUUUUCCUACUGGCCCCCCCCCCCAUGGAAAUGAACCCACAACCCUGGCGUUGCAAGCGCCAUGCUUUACCAACUGAGCUACGCAAUCUCUAUUGCAUUCCACUCUGCCCUUUCCCACAUGGACAAGAGGAACACCUACGUGAGAAUGCUGUUUAUUGACUACAGCGCAGCGUUCAACACCAUAGUGCCCUCCAAGCUCAUCACUAAAGCUAAGGACCCUGGGACCAGGGUGUGAAAGUAAGGCGGCGUAAUAAAUAGUGGGAGUAUGCCGUACCGGAAAACAAAAACCGGGACGUGGGCAGGCAGCAUUGGAGGCGUUAAUUCUGGUCUAACGACAAUCGUCAAAAGUCGUUACACUUUUUUUGGUGUUUUGUGUAACAGAUGUCUCUUUCCAUUCGCCACUUUGUUUGGAGGCUUGAAAUAUGUUGCGAGUGGAUGAACGUGCGCGGUUAACCUAGUAAAGGAGCCCUUUGAAGUGAUUGUUUGACAAUCAGAUGAAAACAUCACGACUGGUUGCGUUUAUGCCACAAUAAAAGGUAAUACAUUUUUUAAAAAGUCAAAUGACAAAUCUUUAUGACUAGGCCCAUAAAGAUGCUAUUGAAUUAAUAGGGAUUCUAAAUAUAAUUCUAUGAGAUUUUCACUUUCUUUAAAGAGAAGAUGUUUAAACCCAGGCAGCUUUUAGGGAACACCUCUGUUGUUGAGUAGCGAGCAGUUGAAGCAUUACAUUUUUCUGUGUCGGUCGAGCCUCUCUCUGGGUGGAAGUGUCAUGCUUAGAUCCAUAAGGAUGGGAUGUCUAAUAUUUAAUUAUUUGCAAACAUCCACCGUUUCGUUGCAAACAAGACACUCUGGUUUGACAGUGGAGAAAUAUGGUAAGAUUGCCUGUUUUUUUUUUUUUUUUAGUCAUUUAGCAGACGCUCUUAUCCAGAGCGACUUACAUUGACUGGCUGCUUCACCGCUUGGUCUGGCAACUGCUCGGCAUCCGACCGCAAGGCGCUACAUAGGGUAGUGCGUACUGCCCGUUACAUCACUGGGGCAGAGCUCCCUGCAAUCCAGGACCUCUGUACCAGGCGGUGUCAGAAGAAGGCCCUAAAAAUUGUAAAAGACACCCAAGUCAUAGACUGUUCUCUCUGCUACCGCACGGCAAGCGGUACCGAUGCACCAAGUCUGGAACCAACAGGACCCUGAACAGCUUCUACCCCCAAGCCAUAAGACUGCCAAAUAGUUAGUUAAACAGUUAACUAAAUAGCUACCCGGAUUAUCUGCAUUGAUUCUUUUUGCACUAACUUUUUUAACUCAUCACAUAUGCUGCUGCUACUGUUUACUUUCUGUCCCUUUAUUCCUAGCUAUAUGUACAUAUCUACCACGAUUACCCUGUACCCCUGCACAUGGACUCGGUACUGGUACCCCGUGUAUCCAGCUAAACUAUCGUUACUCAUUGUGUAGUUAUUAUUACUUUUCUAUUAUUUCUCUAUUUUCUUUCUCUCUGCGUUGUUUGGAAGGGCCCGUCAGUAAGCACUUCACUGGUAGUCUCCACCUGUUGUUGGGAAGGACCCGUCAGUAAGCACUUCACUGGUAGUCUACACCUGUUGUUUGGAAGGACCCGUCAGUAAGCACUUCACUGGUAGUCUCCACCUGUUGUUGGGAAGGACCCGUCAGUAAGCACUUCACUGGUUGUCUACACCUGUUGUUGGGAAGGACCCGUCAGUAAGCACUUCACUGGUAGUCUACACCUGUUGUUGGGAAGGACCCGUCAGUAAGCACUUCACUGGUAGUCUCCACCUGUUGUUGGGAAGGACCCGUCAGUAAGCACUUCACUGGUAGUCUACACCUGUUGUUGGGAAGGACCCGUCAGUAAGCACUUCACUGGUAGUCUCCACCUGUUGUUGGGAAGGACCCGUCAGUAAGCACUUCACUGGUAGUCUCCACCUGUUGUUGGGAAGGACCUGUCAGUAAGCACUUCACUGGUAGUCUACACCUGUUGUUUACCAAGAAUGUGAUGAAUAAAAUGUGAUUUGAUAUGGGGUGUCCCGCUCUCUUGUUGGGUAUCAUGGCCUUCUGCUUUUAUCUAGUACAGUACUGCUAAACUCUAAACUUUGAUCCUUGUUGUCCUUGUAGUUCCUUGGUCACCUGACAUGGGUGUCGUGCUCUCUGAACCCUUCUAGUAGAGACGAACUACUGCAGCUCCUGGACACUGCCAGGGUGAGUUUGACACACAUUUAAGCGUCCAAUAAAAACAGCAGUGUGUGAAUGUAAUAUACGGGAGCUGAUUGGUCUGGCCUCCAUCUAUUCACAACAAUGGUACUGCACAUGCAUCAAAGCAAAAACAGAUAUUCACUGGCAGAGUGAAGUUGUAGAUGUUUUAGCAGAUGUUUUAGAGAGAGAAUCUAUGUCUGUUCUGUGGCGUUUUCAGCAGCUGAACGCGCUCCCUCUGAAGACCGGUGUACUAUGAAAUUAAACAGGUUUACAUAGUCGUUGCAUAGCAGGAUAUGUGUCUGUUCUCCGGUGUGUAAUGUGUAUCUGUGUUGUUUUGUGGUUGUUUGUGCAGCAGCUGAAGGUGCUUCCCCUGAAGACCAGUGUGGAGCAGGACUGCAUCCUGAGCCUGUCAGCCCGCUGUCUUCUUCUGACCUGGCGAGACAAUGAGAAGCUGCUGCUGAGGAUCCCCACGCACGAGAUCGCUGCCGCCUCCUACCUGAGAGACGAUGCACUGCACCUCCUGGUGCUCAAAACAGGCAAGGCAGCUCAGUAACACACAUGUGAAUGAUUAGCCAUGUCUGGGUUCAGCAUCUAAUAGUUUGUCAGCCUCCAAUCACAGAUUGUAUUUACUAUGCUGUGAAGCAAAUACUACAUGGUUGUGUGGAUGAAUCAAUCUGAAUCUGAAAAGUACAGUGGGGGAAAAAAGUAUUUAGUCAGCCACCAAUUGUGCAAGUUCUCCCACUUAAAAAGAUGAGAGAGGCCUGUAAUUUUCAUCAUAGGUACACGUCAACUAUGACAGACAAAUUGAGAAAAAAAAAUCCUGAAAAUCACAUUGUAGGAUUUUUUAUGAAUUUGUUUGCAAAUUAUGGUGGAAAAUAAGUAUUUGGUCACCUAGAAACAAGCAAGAUUUCUGGCUCUCACAGACCUGUAACUUCUUUUUAUGAGGCUCCAUCUGUCCUCCACUCGUUACCUGUAUUAAUGGCACCUGUUUGAACUUGUUAUCAGUAUAAAAGACACCUGUCCACAACCUCAAACAGUCACACUCCGAACUCCACUAUGGCCAAGACCAAAGAGCUGUCAAAGGACACCAGAAACAAAAUUGUAGACCUGCACCAGGCUGGGAAGACUGAAUCUGCAAUAGGUAAGCAGCUUGGUUUGAAGAAAUCAACUGUGGGAGCAAUUAUUAGGAAAUGGAAGACAUACAAGACCAUUGAUAAUCUCCCUCGAUCUGGGGCUCCACGCAAGAUCUCACCCCGUGGGGUCAAAAUGAUCACAAGAACGGUGAGCAAAAAUCCCAGAACCACACGGGGGGACCUAGUGAAUGACCUGCAGAGAGCUGGGACCAAAGUAACAAAGCCUACCAUCAGUAACACACUACGCCGCCAGGGACUCAAAUCCUGCAGUGCAAGACGUGUCCCCCAGCUUAAGCCAGUACAUGUCCAGGCCCGUCUGAAGUUUGCUAGAGUGCAUUUGGAUGAUCCAGAAGAGGAUUGGGAGAAUGUCAUAUGGUCAGAUGAAACCAAAAUAUAACUUUUUGGUAAAAAACUCAACUCGUCGUGUUUGGAGGACAAAGAAUGCUGAGUUGCAUCCAAAGAACACCAUACCUACUGUGAAGCAUGGGGGUGGAAACAUCAUGCUUUGGGGCUGUUUUUCUGCAAAGGGACCAGAACGACUGAUCCGUGUAAAGGAAAUAAUGAAUGGGGCCAUGUAUCGUGAGAUUUUGAGUGAAAACCUCCUUCCAUCAGCAAGGGCAUUGAAGAUGAAACGUGGCUGGGUCUUUCAGCAUGACAAUGAUCCCAAACACACCGCCCGGGCAAUGAAGGAGUGGCUUCGUAAGAAGCAUUUCAAGGUCCUGGAGUGGCCUAGCCAGUCUCCAGAUCUCAACCCCAUAGAAAAUCUUUGGAGGGAGUUGAAAGUCUGUGUUGCCCAGCGACAGCCCCAAAACAUCACUGCUCUAGAGGAGAUCUGCAUGGAGGAAUGGGCCAAAAUACCAGCAACAGUGUGUGAAAACCUUGUGAAGACUUACAGAAAACGUUUGACCUGUGUCAUUGCCAACAAAGGGUAUAUAACAAAGUAUUGACAAAACUUUAGUUAUUGACCAAAUACUUAUUUUCCACCAUAAUUUGCAAAUAAAUUCAUUAAAAAUCCUACAAUGUGAUUUUCUGGAUUUCUUUUUCUCAUUUUGUCUGUCAUAGUUGACGUGUACCUAUGAUGAAAAUUACAGGCCUCUCUCAUCUUUUUAAGUGGGAGAACUUGCACAAUUGGUGGCUGACUAAAUACUUUUUUUCCCCACUGUAUGUCUUUGGUGACACUCCUUCUCCAUCCUCCUCCUCCUCCUCCCUCUUCCUCCUUCUCCUCCUCCUCCUCCUCCAUUCUCCUCCUCCUCCAUCCUUCUCCUCCUCCCUCGCCUCCUCCUCCUCCUCCCCGUCCCCUCCUCCUCCAUCCCUUCCCCCUCCCUCCAUCCCUUCCUCCGUCCCUCCUCCUCCUCCUCCAUCCUCCUGCCUCCUCCUCCUUCAUCCUCCUCCUCCUCCAUCGUCUCCUCCUCCAAUCCUCCCCCCGGCAGGCCGCCCCUCCAAUCGUCCCACUCCCUCAUCCUCCGACGCCUCCCCCAGGUUUAAACGUAGAUACCGUCCUGGCAGGAGGCAGUGUGGCCGGUAACAGCCUGGAGAAGAAAAAACCAGGAGGCAUCGAGGGUCGUCGUCAGACCAUGAGCAACUCUGACCCCCGUCCAGCAGGUGGCACUAUGGAGCGCAGACACACCAUCUGUGGAGUGGACUGGAAGAACCACAAACCCUCCUCCAAGCAGCCGCAGCCGCAGCCCAACCCAGGCCUGGUGCAGGGUGCUGGGGGAGAAGGAGGAGGAAGAGGAGUAGGAGGAGCGGCUGGAGGUGCUUCUUGUUUCCUUUUACUACUUUUGAGUUUAUUGUUUUAAAGUGUGUUGUGAUUUUAAAUGAAAGUUUGAUUUUAUUUGAUUUGAGGUGCUGGUGGCAGUCUAGAGAGGCAGAUGAGGGUAGGAGGGAGCUGGGAGCGGAGACAGACCAGGAAGCCUGGAGGAGGAAGCUGGGAGAAGAGGCCAGUGAGCGGGAGCUGGGACCGACCCAGACCGGUUGGGGGGAGUUGGGAGAAGAGACACGGGGGCAGCGGAGUAGGAGGAGGUACAGUAUGAAAUGUUUCAUGUGUUUCUCUUUUUAAUCACGCUCAUGAUCUUAUGUCAUGUAAGCUACACUGUUUCCCGUAUUGUAAACUGCUAAAGUGUAUUUGUAUGUGUAAAUAUAAUCAAUAACUAUACUGAACUGUAAUCUAUAUAGGUAGCUGGGAGAAGAGGCAUGGAGCUGGAGGGAAGCCUGGAGGCAGCUGGGAGAGGAAGCACACCCAGGGAGGGAGCUGGGAACGCAGGCAG